AGUUGUUUAAUUAUAAAGCACCUCUUUUCAUGCCUUAAUAAAUUAUAGAAGAAACAAGAAGCACCGAGUCUCGUCGAUUGUGUCAUCAAGAAAAUUAUAGCCCAGCGAAAAUUAAGUAGGGGUUGGCCCAUUUAGAUGACCGAAAAGAUGUGUGAAAUUAAGAUACAAAUUAUUUACAUCUAUUAGAAGUAAGCAGGGGAAAUUAUAUGUGAUGAAGAGCGGAGAAACUACAAAGAUUAAGAGUAGUUUAGGGAAUGAGAUUGAAGAAGAAGAAGAAAUAGAAUAUGUGGCAGCAAGUGAGUUGUUUGAGAUGAAUAGGGAGCUGGCCACCAUCAAAGAAGAAGAUGGUAGUAAUAGUUUAUAUUCCUUUGAUUUCCACAACAACAAAGGUAGAGAUCAUUUUUAUGUUGUUGUUGGAAAUAGCAAGAUGAUUAGCAAGGAGUCAAGCAUGGAUGCUCUUCUAUGGACUCUCGAUCAUGCUGUGGAUACCAUUGUUUUCCUCAUUCAUAUCUUUCCUCAAAUUAACUACAUCCCUACUCCUUUGGGAAUGAUUCCAGUAAGCCAGGUAAGUGCUGAGCACAAGGAGAACUACAUGGCUCAAGAAAGAGGCAAGAGGAGGCUCUUCCUUCAAGAGUUCUUUGAUGCAUCCGCUGCUACUAAGGUUAAAGUAGACACCAUACUUAUAGAGAGUGACACAGAAGCAAAAGCCAUACUGGACCUUAUUCCAAUCUGCAACAUAAGAAAGCUGAUCUUGGGCACCUCUAAAGCCAAUCUCAAGAAACUCAAGUCCAGAAAAGGUAGCGGCGGAACCACUGAUCAGAUACUGCUAAAUGCACCUGAAUUCUGUGAGGUCAAGAUCAUAUGUGAAGGCAAGGAAAUGGUUGAGCUGCACAUGUUUGAAUCUCUCGACAGUACAAGUCCAAAGCCAAUUCAAAGUCAUGACAUCCAAGCAAAUAAUGAAGAAUCCUUCGGAUGUGGAUGCUUUAAAGCCAGAGUCAUUUCUUAAAUCUAUAUAUAGCAUUAAUCACACACGAUAUUCCAGGUUUAUCAUAUCUAUCAUAGAAUAUGUAUGAAUAUUGACUACUACUAUUGUACAUUGACAAACAGCACGCAUCCAUUAUUGAUAUGUUCAUAAAGAUUUAGAAA